UUUCUGCACCUGAUUCAAAUGUCUAAUCUAUGUUUUGACUACGGGAAUGGCUCGUGUCUGAGGACGGUCUACCCUGUCACUGUCCGUGCCAUCCUCUACUUGACCCUGGGGACUGCGGUGGUCCUAACAGUCCUGGGUAACCUCUUGGUGAUCGUGGCCAUCGCUCACUUCAAACAACUCCACACGCCCACCAACUAUCUGACCCUAUCUCUGGCCGUGUCCGACCUCCUGCUGGGGGUGCUGGUCAUGUUCCCCGGAAUGGUCUAUUCUGUCGAGACCUGCUGGUACUUCGGGGAGAUGUUAUGCAAGCUAUUCACCAGCACUGACAUCCUGCUGUGUACUGCGUCCAUCUUAAACCUGUCCUUUAUAUCCAUCGACCGCUAUUAUGCCGUGUGCCACCCUAUGAUCUACCCCUGUAAGAUAACGGUUCACACAGCAGUCAUCAUGAUCCUGGUCACAUGGUGUGUCUCUGCAGUAGUCGGCUUUGGGAUGAUCUUCCUAAAGCUGAAUAUAUUGGGAAUGGAGGAGUUCUACUAUAACAACGUGGCGUGUGAAGGAGGGUGCGUUAUGUUGACGACUGGGGUGUCUGGCACACUGUCGGCCAUAAUCGCCUUCUACAUCCCCGGGGUCAUCAUGUUGGGCAUCUACCUGAAGAUCUACAUGGUGGCCCAGAGACAAGGGCGCACCAUAGGCCUACAGAAAACCCGGACCUCCAAGGUGGACAAGCACCAGAGAAAAGCCACCAAAACGCUGGCCAUCAUCAUGGGCGUGUUUCUGUCAUUUUGGGCGCCAUUUUUCCUCUGUUUCAUUAUCGACCCCCACAUCGGCUACUCCGUUCCGCCCGCCUUGUUCAACACAUUCGUGUGGCUGGGGUAUCUGAAUUCCACCAUCAACCCAUUGGUGUACGCCUUCUUUUACAGCUGGUUCAGGAAAGCAUUUCAAAUUAUUGUUUCUGGUCGCAUCUUUUGGUCUGACAUGUCGGACACAAAACUGUUUGCAGAGUGA